GCGUAGAUGCAGACCAUCAGUCGUUUGCCCUACUAAUGCACGAGAGAAAUAUCUCGUACGUGAUGACGAAAGAAUAUUGUUAAGGAAGUUAAGCAUGCAAGACGCUAGCUAUUCUCCAUUGUCUUACGAGAGCUGUGACACAUAGGAUAUAUAGCUCAUUGGCCAAUUGCUGAACACGCAUAGGUCCGGUCGGUGAGAUGCAUAGUAUAGACACGAUAUAUAUUAGCUGGGUAUGUUUCCGCAAAGUUAAUAUAGAGAACAUAUAUAUAUAUAGGUACGGUGGUGGAUUGAAAGAGGCUUGUUAAGCCGCCCUCUUGUCGUGCAAAACUAAACAAGCUAGCUAGAGUGACCUCCAUUAUCCAAACCUUACAAACAUCCUAUUUAAUUACCAUGCGCGCUCGAUCAUCCAAGCAAUAAAUUAAAGCUCUCUCAUUCACAACUUAGUUCUUUUGGCUAGCUAGCUUAAUUGUUCCUCGAUCGCUCCAGCUAAUCAAUCAAAGUAGCAAACCCAUCGAUCAGUUUCUUGGGGAAAUUAAACCAGGCCACACAUCGAUUGCAAUGGAGAAGUCGUCGAGGGUCAGGCCAUCGAGGGGCCACUGGCGUCCCGGUGAGGACGACAAGCUGCGGCAGCUCGUCGACAAGUAUGGCCCUCAGAAUUGGAACUCCAUUGCUGAGAAUCUGGAGGGGAGAUCAGGCAAGAGCUGCCGGCUCCGAUGGUUCAACCAGCUGGACCCGCGGAUCAACCGGCGGCCCUUCACGGCGGCGGAGGAGGAGCUGCUCCUGCAGGCGCACCGCGCCCACGGCAACCGCUGGGCGCUCAUCUCCCGCUUCUUCCCGGGCCGCACCGACAACGCCGUCAAGAACCACUGGCACGUCGUCACGGCGCGCCGCCGCCGCGGCCACCACCACCACCAUCGUACCCUCGUCGGCGACGGCGAGCAAACCGCCACCAGCACCGGCUAUGUCGCCGUUGUACCGCCUCGUCAUCAGCCGCCGUUUCAUCAUCAGUACUUCCAUUUCGGAAGCUGCUGCCUGCCGGCGACGACGACGAAGAUGACCACCACCCGCUCGCUGUGCUUCGCGGUGCCAGCUGGUUCCGGGCCGCUCGGCCUCAGCAGCAGCCGAGCUGGAACGUACGGUGUCGUCAGGAACUGCAACGUGCCCACUGCCGCCGCUGCCGUCGCAUUAUUGGACGGCCAUCGUCGUCAUGACAUGAGCAAAGACCAUGGCCGUCGUGGCGGUGACGAUGGCGGUGCCGGUGCGGUUGCAAACAGGAAGGACGUGCAAUUCUUCGACUUCUUGGGCGUCGGGAUCUGAAGAAAAAUAAAUAAUGAUGGUAUAAGUACAGAACAUUAUUGGAACGAUAUACGUACUGCAAUAUAUUAAUGAGGCGUUGUUACCUAGAAAA